AUGCCGUACCAACUUUAUUUGCACCGCAGAUUUGAUAUUCAGCUCUCUCCGGUGGCGGCGAGCAUUAUUGAUUGGGCACCGCCACGCCGCGAUGUUCAGGUGGGCUCCGACGUAGCGCCCAGUUUACCCUCGUCAAGCGACGGUAAGGCCACCGCGAGAAAUACAAGCUGGAACAAAUCCUUCUGUGGUGGGGGAAACACGGAUGACACGGAUAAUACGGUGCUUAGCCCGCAACUCACGGAAGGGGGACUGCGCACGACCGAUGGCGGCGCUGCGGCCUCCCCGGAAGCAGGUUUGAAGGGGUACGGCCCGACUGCCGGCAAUGUGUCGGAGGGUGGCUCACAGGAGGCGUGCUCCGGCCCAAAGACCGUUUGUCCGCGUCUGUGUCAAGGCAAUCUGACGUUGAACUCGUACGCCGCGGUGCCGUUGCUCACACGCGGAAGUUUUAGCUUGAAUGCGGGUCUACUUGCGGGUUUUGGUAUCGCGACCGGCACCUCAUCCUCGGCCUGCUCAUGGCCGUCACUGAUGUCGCCGCCCACCGGACGCCCCCGCUUUUACGCAACGGACACGCUCCAGUUGGAGUGGAUUUGGCGGCGGAUGCAGUGGGCGGGCGAGUUCAAGCUUCUCUGCAGGUGGCCGUCGACGGCGUUGCCGGUGUGCGAGGUCACGGGCGUGACCCCCAGAACGGAUUGGUGUGUGCAGACGGAUAGAUUGCUCUUCAACUGGAGUGGUUUUUGGCGCGUCUUCGUGCGGGACGGGCGUCGCUGUUGCCGGGACGCGUUGGGCCCCCAAGACCCCCCGCUGGAGCCAUCGCCCGCGGCCCAUGACGCGCUCGAGACGUCUGAGCCGGCUGCCGCGAAAGGCGCUCCACCGGCGGUGAGGCACGCGGCAGCGUCGCCGCCGCCGCGUCGGCAUCCCGCCUCCGCUAAACACGAGGAGAGGCACCACCCACAACCGCAUGCGCAGCAGGCGCACCACGAGGGGAGUCGCGAGAAGGCUGCUGCCACUGCUGCGGGCGAUAAAAAUGCGCGCGACGACGACAGGGGCGAAGUGUGUGGCAGGCGUGAAGGUCCUGGUGCAAAGGGACUGAGCCAUGGUGCGGGAGAAAGUCGUUUGCGCGCCGCAAGUGGCGGAGAAAGCUACAGGUGGUGGCGUCUGAAGGAGCUUCGGGGCGGGGCGGGCUUUGCCGUAAAGAACGACCUGGCGAGCGGCGUAAACGUCUACUGUGGUUGUACUGGUCACCUUGGUAGGGCGUUAACCGUCUCUUCGCACGUGGACGUGCUUCGCCGCGCGUGCUGCUCCAUCACGUCCACCACCAAAUCACUCGAUCUAGCCGCCCGUCUGCGCAUCAACCUCAUCACCUGGCACCGCACCGAGUUGGACGUCGGUGUGGGCUGGCGGCCCUUUAAACAGGCUUCCGGCCUCACAUGCCGACUGUCCCGCUCCAUGGGCCGCACCUCCGUCGGCAUCACGAUCAAUGAUGUGGGUACUCAGUACAAUAGUCUGAUUUCCGGCCGGCAUGUGGAGGGGGAGGAACAUACAGCGCAAACUGGACACGAAGGAAGUACGCAGCGACGGCGGCGUGACUCACAGGAUGACAAGAACCUGGUUCAGGAGAGUUUCGGGGCAAAAACUGCCGAUUCAACAAGCUUCACUGCGUGGUUGUUUUCGGACUGGCACGUCCCGUACGUUGGGAGGGUAUGGCGGCUGGCUCAAUCGCUCGCCGGUUCUGCCUCACUCGCUGCCUCAUCGGCGGCCGCUUCUCCUGCAACGGGCGUGGUGGCACAUAACCCGGGUCUCCGCAAACGCCUCUCACAGAUCGUCCCAAGGGGACUUGAAUGUGCGGACGCGCUCUUCCGUCAAACGGAGUUUGACCUCACUGUGGGUCUGGAGGAGGAACGACACAAUUCAAGGAGGCUGCGCGGCUUCGUUGUUCUCUCGGCCCAUUAG